CAACCGUGGUGCGCGUGCAUCAUGAGCGCACGAGCAUGGGUGAGACGUAGAUGGAUUGGAAGAAGAACCUGCAGAACAUGAGCAGCACUGUGGCGGCGUCAGGCAAUACAAACAGCCCUCAGGGCGGAGAAGCACAGAAGACGCCUUCGGAACCAUCUGCGGCAUCUGAGGAGUCUCUCGUGCAGCAGAUGCCUCAGCAAGAAGAACUGUGCCGUUUCUGCGCCAUGGGAGACCAGCACGAAGCCCUCAUCACCCCCUGCAACUGCGAAGGAAUCAUUUCUCAGUCCCACCAGUCAUGUUUGGAGAAGCGCAUACUGCAGAAUGGACUGCGAACAUGUUCCCUUUGCGACUUCAAAUACCAGUACAGGAUGAAGAGGAAGCCGCUUCGUAACUGGCUCCAAGCGAGCGAGCAUCGGGACGACGUGUUCCAGCUGUCCAUGAUGCUGACCCAGUACACGUGCGACCUCACCGUCAUUAUCUUGGCGAGCAUCACGGGACUUCAAUUCCUACUCCAGGCUCCUUUUGUCGCUGCCAUUAUAUCAGCUUUUGUCUGCUCAGUUUGCAUCAUCUUCUGGUCUACCUAUCUCAUCAACGACGUAUGGAAAUAUGCCCGACCGCUCCGCAAAUGGAUGAAGCAGAACACUGUUGUGGUGCUGCGGGUACCGAAACGCGACAUCGAGAAUCCUGACGAAAACUGUGAUUCCACCGUGGAACUCGGCGUGCGGGACUAGCCGCUGCUCUCGCAACGUAAUUUAAAAAUAAAUAAUUUGUAUAUCUGCAA